UGGCAUUCGUAGUCUGAACUAGGGUAACCUGCGUCGCUUGUUGAUUACGUCACUUUCACUUGUUGACAAGAGACGGAUAGAGACCCACAACGUUUUGGGUAAGAACUCUUAUUUAUGCAUGAAACGUCGCAUAUGAAAUCUGUGACUCAAUAAAGAAGAUUUUCAAGUGAUUGAUGCUGUGGACACUAUAUUUUUGAAUGGAUAUGUUGGAGAAUUGAGCAGAGUUUCUGGUCUUCACCUGCAUCAUUUAUACUCGUGUAUUGAAAUGAGUUUUCAGUAUGGAUCCGGCUGCUAGCCACAGUUGUCAUCUCCUUCAACAGCUUCAUGAACAGCGAAUUCAAGGGCUUCUCUGCGACUGUAUGCUGGUGGUGAAAGGUGUCUGUUUUAAAGCCCAUAAGAAUGUUUUGGCAGCUUUUAGUCAGUAUUUUAGGUCUUUAUUUCAAAAUUCUUCAAGUCAAAAAAAUGAUGUUUUUCAUUUGAACAUUAAAAAUAUUGGUGGUAUAGGUCAGAUUUUGGACUUCAUGUAUACAUCUCAUCUUGAAUUAAACAACGAUAACAUCCAGGCAAUGCUGGACAUCGCACAAUGUCUUCAAAUACAGAAUGUACUUAACAUGUGCUACAGCUUUUUAAAACUUUCCACACCUGCAGAUCAAGUAUCUUCUUUACCGUGCAGCGGUAUAUCUCUGCAGAGCACUUAUCCAACAUAUAACAAUCCUGUUACAAAUGAGAAUCUCAGUACUCCAUUAUUACUCGAUGGUUUAACACAAGAAAGACAUUCCCAUGCUCAUGGCUAUAAGGAUAACAAUACUUCAAGUGAAGCAGUGAAAUCUACACCCGUGGUGUCAAAUAUACAUGAUAAAGAAGCUCAAUUAAAACAGUUAAGUCAGCCUUAUAAAUUGCGGGAUUACUACAGCAAACAGUUCUACAAAGAAAAUGCAUGUUCUCAUGUGGAUAAGGCACCUGAACAGAACACAGUCAUUUGUACAGAUCAUAAUGCUACUGAAACGCAGCCAUGGAGUUUAAAUAAUUCCGAAUCUAUAUUACCACCCACUGAUUCUCUACCAAUGGAAUCCUUGCCUGCCUUCUCACAUACAUUUGUCUCAAACCAAGAUCAGGAGAGUACACUCUUACAAUUUCCCAGUGAGAUGCGUCUUAAAAAAGCAGUACAUCUAAAAAAAUUGAACUUUCUCAGGUCUCAGAAAGCAGCUGAAGAACCUCCAGAACCAAUUAUUGAACUUCAGAAUACCGUAGAAGAAUCUGUGUUCAGCAAUGAAAAAGAGUUGGAAGGCAGUGACAAAACCUAUUUAGAGAAAGAGGGGGAUGGUAAUAUAUUUAAUAAUGAAGGCCAGAAUGUUGAAGAAGAGAGAGCAGAAAGCCCAUCAGCCCUAGAUGAGCAUGGACAUGCGUCUCACAAACAUUGUGCUUGUAAUGUGUGUGGAAAAGGCUUUAAACAUCCAAGCAACCUUGAGUUACACAAGCGUUCACAUACAGGUGAGAAACCUUUUGAAUGUAGCGUUUGCGGGAAACACUUCUCACAGGCUGGCAAUCUUCAAACUCAUUUACGGCGACAUUCUGGCGAAAAACCUUAUAUAUGUGAAAUCUGUGGGAAAAGAUUUGCUGUCUCAGGCGAUGUUCAACGUCAUAUUGUGAUUCACACUGGGGAAAAGCCUCAUUUAUGUGAUAUAUGUGGUAGAGGCUUUAGCAAUGUCAGCAAUUUAAAGGAACAUGAAAAGACUCAUGCAGCAGAUAAACUAUACACCUGUGAUGAAUGUGGGAAAUCAUUCAAUAUGCAUAGAAAACUGAUAAAGCACAGAAUUAGACAUACUGGUGAGAGGCCGUACAGCUGUUUAACAUGUGGAAAAAGGUUUGGUGGUUCUGGAGAUUUACGCAGGCAUGUGAGGACUCAUACAGGGGAAAAGCCUUACACAUGUGAGACAUGCAAUAAAAGCUUCUCUCGUUCUGCUGUUCUUAGACGGCAUAAGAACAUGCACUGUAAGUUUGUAGAAGAUGGACAGAAUACAUCUGACGAGUUUUCUAAAGCAGUUACACCCACUGAGCUAGACAAAUCUCAAAACUCUGAUACAUUGACUUCGGAUGUUUCUAUUGCUUUGAUUCCAGAAUCUAGUCAGUCAGUUGGAAAUGCAAGGACUGAGUUUGAAGGGAGGACGGCACAAUCUUUUUCCAAACUGCAUACAUUAGUUCAUCAACAAGAGUUACCUGCUGAAGAAAAACUAAAUAUGGUUCGAGAAAAGGUCUCCAAAUCAAAUUUGUCAGAUACAUCCCAAAGUUACACAUUUGCUGAUGUAGACGUUGCAGUCACUGAGGAAACAUUACAAUCUGACAUUUCUCUUAUACGAUCCUCUUUAGCAACUUUGGAAAAUAACUGUAAUGAACCUUUAGGCAAUCGAUCAGCAAGUACUUUAUACAGAAGUUCUGAUGGCCCAUUCUUCUCUAGCAUGUCUUUAUGGGGGUUGGCUAUGAAGACCUUGCAGAAUGAAAGUGAAAUAGAUCAGUGAUUUCUGUUUCUUAUUUUUUUUUAAAAAUGUAAAGAUCUAAAAUAUUGCAACCAAAUGUUUUGUGUUUGUCUUUUUGAACUAAAAAAAUCUGUCUGAAAUGGA